AUGGAGUGGGAGGAAAACAGGUUUUUGAAGCAUGAUAAAGAUAACAAAGGCUAUUUAGGCAGAGAGGGCUUUAAAGUUGCUAUAGCAAUGUUGUUUGGUUAUAAACCCUCAAAGACUGGGAUGAGCAAAAGGUUGCAUUAUAUUUCACACGUGUACAAGUUGUAUGAAAUAAGUGACGUGCUGAGCUUGUUGCUGAUAAUUAUUGGUUUUUAUUUGAAAAAUAGAGGAUUUUUGACGUUUGAAGACUUCAAGAAAGCCUUCAAUUCUGUUUCUGCUAAGUUAUCUGAAAGAAUCAUAGUUCAAGCCUUCAGAGAAGUCGAUCAGGAUUCUGAUGGCCACAUCAGCUUCAAAGGGUUUGAAUCUGCAAUGAAGUAUGGACAAGAUGAAGUAUCACCAGUGUACUUUGCCUGA